UGGUCCCGCCCCUUCUGACAUGUUUUGGUGUGGCCAUUUUACACUUUGGUUAACUGCAAAUAAAACGCCCCUCUUGCCUGGAUUUUAGCUUACCAUGUAAAGACGUGUUGCUAGUUUGCUUAUGAGUGCAGAGACAAAAGACAAAAUAGUUGGAGCAGAGAAUCUUGGUCAGCAUGGAAUAUGAGCGGAGAGGUGGGAGAGGCGAUCGCAUCGGUCGUUAUGGCAACUUUCCCAAUGAUCACAACUUCCAGGACGUGGACUACCGUGAUUGUGGACAAGAGGAGGAGGAAGCAGAACAUGACAUUGGAAUGGAUGGAGAGAGUUUCUACAGCAGCGGCGAGCAGCCACUAAGCGUCCGUGACAUCUCUCCGGGUUUCCCCCAAAGUCGACCGGGCUUUCACCACAGAAGGGGUGGCAGAGGGGAGCCGAGCCAUGAGGGGAAAGGUCUCCUGUGGUCCCCUUGCUCCCAGCCACACUCUGAGUUUCCAGAGCCCAUUCUGCAAAGAGAGGUUGACGGAUCAAGGCAGGAGUUUGACCACUUCCAAAUUGGUCUGCAGGAAAGAGGUCGGGGAAGAUGUGGAAGAGGUUUUCCUCACAGCGGUGCCUCACAUUUAGGACUUCGGGAGGGGGGCUGGCAUCAUGCUGCUCCCCACUCUGAAUCGGUGGAGUUUGGAAUGGGUAGACAGAGAGAAGAGGACAGGUUCUCAAGUGGAGGAGCAAAGAGGAGAACGUUCCCCGUGAGGAUAGAAGAGCAAGGAAACUCUGGCCCAGACAUUGAAGAGUUUGAUCCAAGGGAUCAGGACUACCGUGUAGAUUUGGACCAGAACCAGAGGCCAAGCAACAUCAUCAUGCUUCGAAUGCUGCCACCCACUGCCACUGCCAGUGAAAUUCGAGCUCAACUUUUGGAACAAGGGGUCCAGCCAAGAGAGGUGCGCCUAAUGAGAAACAAAUCUUCAGGUCAGAGCCGAGGAUUCGCCUUCGUCGAGUUUAAUCUCAUACAGGAGGCCACCAGCUGGAUGGAGACCAAUCAGGGAACGCUGUCGAUUCUGGGACACAAAGUGUCGAUGCACUACAGCAACCCCAAACCGCGUGCCAAUGAGGACUGGCUCUGCAACAAGUGUGGUGUGCAAAACUUCAAAAGGAGGGAGAAGUGCUUCAAAUGCAGUGUACCUAAAUCGGAGGCUGAGUUGAAGCUGCCACAGAUGCAGAGGGAUCUGCCUGCUGGCCUUCAAAAGGAGGGGGGGCAAGGGUUAUUGCCCCUCCCAGUUCCUUAUCACUCAUCUGGUGUUAGUGUGACCCCAGGGCAGGCGAUACAGCAAACCGAUGUUGCCAAUGACACACUCAUACUUAGAAAUCUUGGACCGCAUACCUCACUGGAAAGCAUUCUGGCUGCUUUGGCCCCCUUUGCCACUCUCACUCCUUCCAACAUUCGCCUAAUAAAGGACAAGCACACACACCUCAACAGGGGCUUUGCCUUUCUGCAGCUUUCCACCAUAGUGGAAGCAUCUCAGCUGCUUCAGAUUCUGCAGGCGCUCCAACCCCCUCUGUCUAUUGAAGGAAAGACUAUUGUAGUGGAGUUUGCCAAAGGUUCCAAACGUGAUGUGUUUGUGGCGGAUGGUAGCAGAGUGAGCGCUGCGACAGUGGCCAGCACGGCCAUAGCUGCGGCACAGUGGGCUGUCUCACAGAAUAUUCAACAAGGACUGGGUGGAAAUGUAGAUGCAGCUGUAUAUCAGCAGGGGGCAGCAAUAACAUACAGUCAUGAUGCGAAAGAGUACGCCGGACUCGAUGGCACGACUUUUAAGUCCCAGGCAGACGCAAGAGCUGCCAGCCUGUCAAGUACCGUACCACCGUUGACUGCUGUCAUCUCUGCGGCAGUGAAAUCUGGGCCAGCAGCUGCGCAGCACACUCUUCCUUACAAACCGACCGUGUCCACCCCAGCUGCCACCGCGCUGAUCACACAGGUUGAGAUCGUGGGAAAACCGCAGCCAGCCACUCCUAGUCAACCCGCCACCCCGGGCACAGAGCAUGAACUCAAGCAAUACCCUGUGCCAGAUGUGUCUACAUAUCAUUAUGACGACAGCUCUGGCUUCUAUUAUGACCCAUUCACAGGACUCUACUAUGACCCAAAUUCUCAGUACUACUACAACCCCCACUCUCAGCAGUACAUGUACUGGGAUGGGGAGAAACACACCUACGUUCUUGCUGCUAACCAGUCAAACACUGAAAAUGAGAAUGCAGCUUCUGCAGAGUCACAGUCUUCCACCUCUGGAAGCAAGGAAAAGAAAGAAAAGCCAAAGAGCAAAACUGCUCAACAGAUUGCAAAAGAUAUGGAACGCUGGGCCAAAAGCCUCAAUAGACAAAAGGAGAACAUGCGAUCUGGUUCUUCGUCUGCCGUUGGGUCCACUUCUCUCCCACCUGGAUACACUCGGGCUCCAGGCCACAGUCGCUUGGAUGAUCAGAGGGAGUCUGCAAGUGCAGAUGCAGGAUACGCUGUACUAGAGAAAAAGGGGGCACUGUCAGAAAGGCCUCAAAGUUUUCUGGACCAACUGCGACAAAGCACAGAACAAUCGCCUCCUCAACAGCACGGCCUGGUCCCAGCCUACAGCGCAGAAACUGACAGCGAAGAAGAAGGAGAUAAAGAAGAUAAGGAGGGAAAAAUGACAGACUGGGUUAAACUUGCCUGUCUGCUAUGUAGGAGGCAGUUUCCAAGCAAAGAGGCGCUCAUAAGGCAUCAGCAGCUCUCAGAACUGCAUAAGCAAAAUUUGGAGCAGAGAAAAAAACAAUUGGAUGCUGUAAGCAGAGAGAGACUUGAACCUCCAGAUUCUAGGAAGCGAAAGUUUAACCCUCUUGAAGGCAUCACCGGCAUUAGUCUUGGAGCACGAAUGUUGCAAGGAGGAGUGAAAAGAAGUCUUCUACUGCAUAAUACAGAAAUAGAGUGACCUCUCACAUGUAAAUUUCCUGAUCCAGAAAGGACAAGCUCACCUGCAAAACACUUCACUCUUCCCCAUUACAUAGACAGAGAAAAAUAUAUUUUGGUCUGACGAUACUAGAGUCUGAAGAACAUAGCACCUCUUUGGACUGAUCCUGUAGCAGUACAUGUCAAGAUAUUGCACAAAUUGCACCUUUUUGCUUGUUUUUUGUGUGAUUUAGGAUUUCCUCUUGCUUCAGUUUGUGUGAAUUAAACAUGUGAAUUCAGAAUCACUUACUUUCAGAAAAAGGAAAGUUCUACACAGGUCUAAAUGUCAUGAAAUGAGAAUUUUCAGUCACUGUACCAUAUAGUUUUAUUUGUUUUUUAAGAAUAUGCUGUCAUUUAAUAAAUGAUGGGUCCCAGCAUAAA